AUGCCCUUGUCGAUCUGGAAUUCUUCUCAUGAGAGUGAUUACUCUUCAAAUUUUGAGGCUCCCUUACCGGUUGUAGCUGCGUCCAACCUUGAGGUCCAAACUUAUGAAUUUCCAAAGGCAGCGAUCUCGAGCAUGAACAGGGUAUUUAGGAUUUGGAAGGAUUUUAUAUCUAGGCGUGCACGUGCGGUUGUGUCGUUCGGUAGGACGAUCGACCUUUUAGUUUCUUUCGCCACCUUCUUCCGUUGUUUACAAGCAACAAUACGGAGAAUCACUAUGAUUAAGUCUCACUUUAUUGUCAAGAGAUGGUUGGGAGUCUGUGUGGGUGUUGCUGAGGCGCUGGAUCUGGAAUCUAAGGACCUUUCCCAUAGGUCGAAUUUCUGUAUUUCUUUAGUGGUUUUCAGCCAUACGUCUACGCAUUUACUACAUAUAAAGCUAAUACCCCACGCUAUCAAAUUGCUUGUACAAGGGUUCCAUGCAUCAAGCUCGGACUACAUUGAGAAGGACAACAUAAAAGCAUACAUAUUCAACCAAUGA